AUGGCUACCGCGACUGGGACGGUCAUUCCGCAAGUCAAAGUCGAACAUGCAGAUGCAAACAUCAAGGAUGAGGCGAUGGAUGUGGAUAUGCCGUCACCCUACGUCGACGAGGACGAGGACGGUUUCGAGGAUGCGGGCGAUCUAGACUUUUCCCAGGCGCAACAGCAAAUGUGGCUCAGCCAUCUUCCACGAUCGCUAUGGCAGGCUCUGUCAAAACUCGAAGAUGACGAGGAGAUCGAUCUAGGUACCAUACGUGUGGAGGGUCCAGAAAACGACCCACAAAGGAUUAUACUUCGACUCAAUCCUCUGCCGGAGCUCGAGGACCAACAUAAAGAAUUCGACCUACUGCCGCCGCCAAAAGAGAAGGUCAAGAGCCAUCGUCCAGGCCAAGCGCUUAUCUUUUCAGAGAAAGACCUGCCGGGCUACAAAUCAAAAUCAUUUGUGUGGGACAACGAUGAUGACGAGAAUGCCGGCCAGGGUCGAUCCAAACUCUACGAUGAUGCCAAACGUAAAGCAAGAAACAAGGAGAGGAAAGAGAGCAAAGAACCACAGCAGUAUCGCCGGAGAGCCAUCCCGAAGAAGACAGCCAUAGCGGGAGUGAUUGCCAAGGAGUUUGAUGCGGUACCAGUUAAGAACGCCGAGUAUGCGGAGGUUGAGCGACGAAAGAUGGCCAGGCUAUUGUCUAGACAGGCUCCUGCAGAGGCCACACAGAUCCUAUCGCCCGAGCAAGAUCCUACGAGAAGACAGAACAUCACGAGCAUUCUCCAGCGCCAGCGAGACAAUAGGGCUGCGGCGGCCAAGAGACAAGCGGUCAAGGAUAACAGGACAGCUCGUAUGGAUAAGCAGGAUCUGGUGGUUCUGCUUCUGCAAAAGUUUAGGCAACAUCGGAUUUGGGGCCUGCGCGAUCUCAAGGUUGCGCUCCAGCAACCCGAGCAAUACCUGCGCGAGACGCUGCAGGAGAUUGCACAUAUGCACAAGCAAGGAGACUUCAACGGCAAGUGGGAGCUGAACGAGCAGUACAAGGAGAACGACGACAGUCUGCAAAAUCCCGAAAGCCUGGAGGCCCCCAAGAUGGAGGACUCGGAGAUGGAUGUUUCGGGCAUGGAGGACGAUGAUGAUGAAGACGAGAAAUUUGAAGACGUAUAG